AUGAUCGAAAACUUCGAAUCAAAGAUAACGUUCGAAAUACCGACGAAUCUCGACUUUGACAAGCUGAUCCGGGGCAACAAUUACACGCUGUUCUGGCAGAACCUACACCAGCAGCAACAGAACGCCGCCAGUGGGGCAGCGGCAAGGCUAGCGGCGCCAUUCGGCGGGAUGGCUGAUAGCGGUGGGUUCGGUGGGUUCGGUUCGUCCGGAUCCAGCCUGUUCGGUGGUAUUGAUUACAGCAAUGGCAGCAGCGACUACGGUCUGCUAAACAGCCUGCAAUCGUUCGCGAACCGGGGCCGGGAUGGGCUGGGCGGUGCCGGCACGGAGCAGAUGCUCGACCCGACGUACGAGCGGUUCAUCGGUGAUGUGUGGGUUGGCAUCGUGCUGACGCUCAUGAUCCUGUCGUCGAUCUUCUGCAUGUGUUCCUGCUUUCUGUAUCACAAAUUUCGCCAGUGGCAACGAAACGUGCUGACGGCACGCUCGCAAACGCUUUCCUCGAUGGACAUCGAAACGCCCCCGCCGUACGAUGCGGAAUCCCUGCCCAGCUAUACGAUCGUGUCCGGGCUGCCGAGCUACCAGGACGCAAUCGAGCAGCUGAAGCAAAAGCAGAUGAAGUACUACGAACCGGUCAAGGUGCACCGGCCAAGCGUGAUGAAGCUGUUCGAAUCGCAGGAUCUGCUCGGGGCAGCGACAGCACCAUCCACACCCCAUCCGGCCAAACUCGAGGAGAUCCGGUACAACUUCGUUCGCCCACUGUCCGUGCAGGAGCAAACGCUGCCCGAACCGACCACCAGCACCGGCCACCAGUCCGGAUCAGCCGAUCAUCCGAUGCCACCACCUCCACCGUACAAGAGCCAAAUUUCCACCAUCUCCAACGCAUCGUCGACGCACGGUGUGAGCAGCAUGGUGGUGGAGUUACCCGCACCACAUGGCGUCCCGAUCACCACGCUGCGUCUGCCGCAGAAGAAGCUGGACGUGUGUCACUACACGAUCGAGCACGAGCGAUCGGCCGGUGGACGCAGUUGA